AUGGCACGUUCCAGGAACCGAAGUGCGGAUGGUCGCUCUCAAGGAGAUUCGGAAGCUCCUCCAAGCUUCCUCCAGAAGGGCUCGCAGAGACCGAAGCGCCAUUCGUUUUCGCCUGCCCUCGAUCGCUUGUCUUCCGAAAGUGAAAGACAGGAUGAUGAACCAGUUGCUGACUCUGCUUCGCACAAUGUAGCUACACCACCCCCUGCACCGGUUGCCAAUGGCACGCCCGUUUCGUCCUCUCCCCCCAGCAGCAAGCCCAGUUCGCCCUUCGUUGAGCGCAGUAACCCAAUGGGCGCGGGAAACGCUCAGACCGUGAGCUCCAAGGACCCCAAGGCUGUUGCUCAAGCUGCUACGGAUAUGAAGAAUGUCGUUCGCCGGAAGCUGACCGGCUACGUUGGUUUUGCCAACCUUCCCAACCAAUGGCACCGUAAGAGUGUCCGCAAGGGAUUCAACUUCAACGUGAUGGUUGUUGGUGAGUCCGGCCUCGGAAAGUCGACUCUCGUGAACACACUCUUCAACGCCUCGCUUUACCCUCCUAAGGAACGCACCGGCCCCAGCCACGACAUUAUCCCUAAGACCGUUUCUAUCCAAUCUAUCAGCUCCGAUAUUGAAGAGAACGGUGUCCGUCUCCGCUUGACCGUGGUGGACACCCCCGGAUUUGGUGAUUUUGUUAACAACGACGACUCGUGGCGCCCGAUUGUGGAGAACAUCGAACAGAGAUACGAUGCCUACCUGGAGGCCGAGAACAAGGUCAACAGAACCAACAUUGUCGACAACCGCAUCCACGCUUGCGUUUACUUCAUCCAGCCCACUGGCCACUCCUUGAAGCCCCUCGAUAUCGAAGUCAUGCGCAGGUUGCACACCAAGGUCAACCUGAUCCCUGUCAUCGCCAAGGCUGACACUUUGACGGACGAGGAGAUUGUGGACUUCAAGAAGAGGAUCUUGGCCGAUAUCCAGCACCACUCCAUCCAGAUCUUCGAAGGCCCCCGCUAUGAGCUUGACGAUGAGGAGACUAUUGCCGAGAACCAGGAGAUCAUGUCCAAGGUCCCGUUCGCUGUCGUUGGUGCCAACUCCGAGGUCACGACCCCUGAUGGCCGGAAAGUGCGCGGUAGAAGCUACCCUUGGGGUAUCAUCGAAGUCGACAACGAGGAACACUGCGACUUUGUCAAGCUGCGCCAGAUGCUGAUCCGCACCCACAUGGAGGAGCUCAAGGAACACACCAACAACUCUCUGUACGAGAACUACCGCUCCGACAAGCUUACCCAGAUGGGCGUGGCCCAGGACCCAAGCGUCUUCAAGGAGGUCAACCCCGCUGUCAAGCAAGAGGAGGAGCGUGCCCUCCACGAGCAGAAGCUCGCCAAGAUGGAGGCAGAGAUGAAGAUGGUCUUCCAACAGAAGGUCGCAGAGAAGGAGAGCAAGCUGAAACAGAGCGAAGACGAACUAUACGCCCGACAUCGCGAGAUGAAGGACCAACUGGAACGGCAACGUCUGGAGCUGGACGAGAAGAAGGCGCGCCUCGAAAGCGGGAGGCCAAUCGAAAAGGAGCCGAAGCGAAAGGGAUUCUCGCUUCGUUAG